CGUGCCCCGCGCGCGAUGGCGGCCGCGAUGGCGGCCCCGGUGGUGGCUCGGCGGUGCGGGCGGGCGGCGGGGCUGUGGGGUGGGCUCCGCCGGGCCCCGCUCCCGCCCCGCCGCCGGGCCCACGAGCAGCCGCGGCGGGCGCGGGGCGCGGGCGGGCUGCUGGCGGCGCAGUGCGAGCGCGGGCUGUUCCAGGAGGUGUUCCCGGCGCAGAGCGCGGAGGAGCAGCUGCCGGCGCUGCUGGCGCCGGGCCGGCCGCCCCUGGCCGCCUACUGCGGGUUCGACCCCACGGCGGACUCGCUGCACGUGGGGCACCUGCUGCCCGUCAUGGCGCUGCUGCACUUCCAGCGCGCGGGGCACGACGUCAUCGCCGUGGUGGGCGGGGCCACCGCGCGGCUCGGGGACCCCAGCGGGCGGGAGCGCGCGCGGGAGCCGCUGCCGGCCGGGACGGCGCGCGCGCACGCCAGGGCCCUGCGCGCGGGGCUGGAGCGGCUCUUCCAGAACCACCGGGAGCUGUUCUGGGACCCGGCGGCCGGGCGGCUGGGCCGGGCGGAGCUGCUGGACAACGCCAGCUGGCUGGGCCGGGAGCCGCUGCUGCGGUUCCUGGGCGGGGCCGGCGGGCGGCUCCGCAUGGGCACGCUGCUGAGCCGGCAGAGCUGCCAGGCGCGCCUCCGCAGCGCCGACGGGAUGAGCCUGGCGGAAUUCCUGUACCCCGCGCUCCAGGCGUACGACUUCCUGCACCUGCACCAGCACCACGGCUGCCGCAUCCAGCUGGGGGGCCACGACCAGAUGGGAAACAUCAUGUCCGGCUACGAGCUCGUCACCAAGAUGACAGGAACAGAUGUGUUUGGAAUUACUGUACCUCUUAUUACCAGUACUACUGGAGAUAAACUGGGAAAGACUGCUGGAAAUGCAGUUUGGCUAAACAGAGAUAAGACUUCUCCAUUUGAGCUGUAUCAGUUUUUUGUCAGACAACAAGAUAACGUAGUUGAAAAAUACCUUAAACUAUUCACUUUCCUACCUCUUGAGGAGAUUGCCCACAUCAUGGAGAUGCAUGCUAGAGAACCUGAAAAAUGGGGCCCUCAGAAACGACUGGCUGCAGAAGUAACCAAGCUUGUCCAUGGCAGAGAGGGGCUAGAAUCUGCUAAGAGGUGCACUAAGGCCCUUUAUUACAGUAGUGUGGAGGCUCUGGAAGAGAUGUCUGACCUAGAGUUACAGGAACUUUUUAGACAAGCUCCUUCUGCUGAACUGAUGCUUGAACCUGGAAUGAGUGUUCUUGACUUGUGUCGCAAAGCAAAUGCCAUUCCAGAUGGACCUAGUGGGUACCAGAAAAUUACAGAUGGAGGAGUUUCCAUAAAUGGGAAUCGUGUAACUAAUCCUGAGACUGUUCUUAUUCUCGGACAGCAUAUUCUCAAGAAUGGAGUAUCAUUACUUAGGGUUGGAAAGAAAAAUUACUACAUUAUAAAAUGGCUGCAGCUGUGACAACAGAGAAUCUCCCUAAAACAACAAGUCAUUUCACUCUGUGGCUUGAAGACAUACUUGAAGAUGUUUCUGUCCUGUGUUUUACUACACAGCUCACAAACUGCCUAAUACCAUCGAUUUUCAAAAUGCACCAACAGAGUUCAAAUAAGCAGCUGAGGUAUACCAGUGAAGAGGUUUUAGAUAUUCUGUCUUAUUCAAAGCACCAUUCCUAAGAGGAGCUGCACAAGAAGACAAUGAAAAGAUUCACUUCAAAGUCCAGAGAUGGAGAUCU